AUGCGUGAUGUAGUCCUGCGUCAGCUGCAGAAGAUAUAUCGAGGGACAUCACGAAAUGAAUUAUCGAUCGCAGGCCACAUUCCCCUAGCGAAACGGCGAUCGUUUUCCGACGACGCUUCGAGGUCGGAAAGAUUCGCCGAUUGCGAGGAGGAUGAUACGACGAAACGCGAAGUCGAAACCGAGAGAGAAUACGGCGAGUGUUCUCAAAAGAGAAGUCGUCGCCGAAUCGAGGAAAGGACCUGCGAGAGAUCGCGACGGAAAGACACAUGCGACUCGUCCCAAGUGUCUGAGAGACGACGGGAGAGAAAAUCUAAGUCUUGCGAAAGUUACACGUGUCCCGAAUUGACAAAGCCAAAGCCAUGCAGUGGAAAUCAGGAGUUGGCUCCUGAAGCUCCUAUAAAAUCCGACGCGAGAAGACGAGUCUCGUCGAGAAAACGCGCGCGACAAUUGACAGAUGGCGAUUGUUCGCAGAAGAAGGAUAUUGACACGAGAUGUAGGCGACAAUCAAAGUCAUAUAAACAUGAAGAUUGCGAGAAAUCGCGUACAAUCUGCAAGGAUUCAGUGCAGAAAAAUAAUGAUUCUAAAUCAAGAUACAAGAAGCGAUGCGAAAAUCGCGACAUCAGCAACAAAGAGCGACGAAGCGCUCGAAAGCGAUCCAACAGUUGUCGUAAAAGAAAUUCUUCCCGAGCCAGUAAUAAAAGCUGCAGCAAAGUAGAAGAAAAACGACGCUGCGGCAAAGACGAGGAAGAUCAAAAGCAGGAUCCGUUUUGCGAGAAACCAAAGAGAACAUGCGAAACCAAGAAAAAGAAGCCAAAGUGCGUAAAGGGUCCAGCUAAAUGUAUGUCGAAGAAAAAGACCGCUGAUAAAAAGAAAUUCUGUCAGUCUGUGCAAAAAGGUGAUAAGAAAUUUUGUGAAACCACUAAAGAAAAAUCUAGGCACGACAAGUUUUGUACCGGCAGAAAGAAAGAGUUUAUGGAGGAUGAGAAGCUUAAGAAAGAAAUAAAGAAAGCGCCUUUACCAUGCACUACCACGAAAGAUAAAACGCCUAAAGAAGAAACGACGAAGCAACAGAUAGAGCGUGAAUACAAAGAAAUAAAUGAAUGCAAGAAGGGCUUUAAAAAAGGAAAAAAGGACGGUAAAGCCAAAAUGGUUUCCGUAGAACACAAGCCGACGGACUUGGAUAAUCGAAUAAUCGGCUCAUAUAAAGAACAACAAGAGAAGAAUAGCGAGAAGUCUGCGAGUACUCUCAACGAAUCAGUUAUUUCUACGAAUAAAAUAUUCAAGUGGUCUAACGUUCAAUCUAUUAUCAACGGCAGGAUUCCAAUUACCAAGGAUGUCAGCCUGUUCAAUGUGAUGUUUGAUCGAUUAUUCUCUACCGCGAAACCGGAUUAUCAGGAUGAUUUUGCUAUUGAACGAACUGAUGACAAAAUGUCUCGGAACUAUUCGGCGAAUAGCGACGAUUUCGUUCACGACGAUGAAUUGCCGAAUUAUGUCGAAAUAGAAUAUGAAGACGAAGAGGAUGACGUUUACGAUCGGGCCACUAAUCGACAAGUCUUCGAAAUCGAUUGAAUCAUGCGCAAAGGUCACAGUGGAUAAUUAUUUAAUGUGCAAGUCGCUUUAUUAUAAUUUCGUUUUACACCUUGUCGUAAUACGAUAUUUUUUUAAAAACGCAGUAGUGAUCUAAUGAAAAACAACACAGUUUGUGGUGUAACUAUUUCUGCUCUUUUCCAAAAAAUUCACUCAAAAAAAGUGUUUGCGUGUUUAUUUCUCUCAAAUAUAGUGAUCUGCUUGUAAGCAGGUAACGCGGUUCUCUUAUGGCGGUGCAUAAACAUACUUUUGCCGCGUUAUAUAAAGGUAUAAUGGCGUUACUAAAUAUGUCGUAUAUAUAUUCACAUAUGAACAUAUCUUGUUUUCGGCCAGGAAUAUCACAAUCCUUCUGGUUGCAGGCGGUAAUCAAUUAAUCCAUUACUUCGCUACGAAUAGCAGUCGAUCAUCCACGAUAUUACUUAACCAGGUUUCACUCUGUGGCCGCGAUAAGAUGAAAUUACUCUCCCCGACAUGACUUGGACGAUCGUCGAUUACUCCCCGAGGGACGGAUUGCGAGUUGUCGUGCGAGUGAAACGCGAAUGCGGCGGGGCCCUCCGUCUUCCUUCACGAGACGUCUUUGUAGCGCGACGGAGGCGUGAAUGGCGGUGGGCCAGGAGGCCCAAUUACGAGUUAUUCAGUCCUCGCCACGGGGCAUCGCCGCGGUGCCGCUCCACCGGUCGGUGUAGUGUACGCACCUACCUAUCUACCUACCUACCUACCUGGCGCCUCUCCCCUCAUCUCGCGCAAGAGCGUAAGAGAAAGAGCGCCAGGGGUCGCGGGAGGAAGAGCCGAGGGGAUUGAAACGCGGGACGUAGGGGUGAGGACGUCUCUCUGCGGGAUUUCCGCCACCACUUAUGGGAACGCGAUACGAGCUUUUCGUCGGAUGCUCUCUUGCGUUUUCGCAUUGUUACGCAACCGUCCUUCUCGCGUCCGUCCGCGUCACCCUCGUGCACCCCGACAAAGGGAAUCAAUGUCAAUGCGCGGUGUCGUGCCGCGCGUAUACACGCCCCCGGGGAGGACGCGGAGAGAAUGCCGAAAUAAUGAUCGAGUGUAUGUAAUAAGUGCUGUAACGAUUGCGCGAGGAAGUGUCAGAAGUUCCGAACUGAACAGUUCUUUAAAUUGGUUUAUUUGACAAAACUUCUCUCUAAAUUCUUAUUGUUUUAUUAUGACAUUGGAUUUUUACGAUUACUAUAUUUGUUAUCAUCUUUCCAAUAAUUUUUGAAGCGACUGACAUAAUGUUGACUGACUUAAUUUUUUGAUUAUUUUUUAAUGAAGACUAUAUAUUGUGCUAAUCUGGUAAUUUUAUCAUAAGAAAUGUUUAAUUGUAAUAACCAUAUGAAAAGUAAAUAAGUAUACAAAUUUGAGUCA